AAAUGAGAACUGAACACAAAGCUCCUGUAAUCGGGGAGUCCCUCUACCUGUGGGCAGGGAAUCAGAUUGACUUACCUGCAGAUCAUGACUCCCUUCAAAAGAGGGAACUGACCUCAACAGUUGAUGUUUACCAGCUUUCUACUGCUGACUGGUCCUCUCACCUAACAAGAGGUACUCCUCCAUUAGGAGUCGCUGGCUACUCCUGUACCACCUCUCAUUCUAAUAUUUACUAUUUCGGUGGAUGGUGUGGUCAUGAUGACUGUUACCACAAUACGUUGAAUGUACUGAAUACAAUAAAGAUGCAGUGGACUUUAUGCAGCAAUGCCGAACAGUUGUUGAUGAAGAAAGGCUAUGCUGGAAUGGUAUUACUGGAAUUUGAUGCAGCAGAAUACCUUGUCAUAAUAGGAGGGUAUGGCUCUGCACCAACUGUUUACCAUCCUCAGUUUCAAUACGAUCAACUUAAUGAUGGUCGUGUUCAUACUAAUGAACAAUUACUUUAUAAUGUGUCCACUAAACAAUUCAUUGUUCCAUCUGUCAGUGGACAGUGUUGUCUACCAACUGAUACUUUUAUAAUUGAGAAGAUUACUACUGCCGGUAAUAGAGGAAUAAUGUUUGGAGGUUUAGUGACUGUUAAUGAUCAUGAGACUGCAGUUACUAACAGUGUUUACAUAUUCAGUGUGACACAUAAUAUAAUAAACUGGGAGAUAUUAAAACCAGGAGCAAUACCUAGUGAGGGACUGUGGCCUGUGGAGAGAUGUGAUCAUGCUAGUGCUAUUAUCAAUGGUGACUAUACCUCACCUACACUAGUAGUGAUUGGCGGACGGGAUAAUAAGAAUCAACUAGUUAAUGAAUGUUUGUUAUUUGAUAGUAUCACUACUGGUCAGUGCAGUUGUAGGAAGAUUCCUCUACCUGAAUCUGUUACUGGUAGAUACAGUCAUUCACUCACAGCAGUCACAAUGUCACCACACUGUGUGUGGCUAGUCAUUCUUGGAGGAUUUGAAAAGUUUGAAUGGGAAAAGGUUAGAGGAAGAGUAAAGCCGAUUGUCACAUUUAUCACUGAUUCUAAUAGACUAAUAAUGAUCAUUGAAUUAAUAUAUAGUGAAGCUGGUGAGUGGAUAGUACAGGCAGUACUUGAUGGUAAUAAUCUCACUAGUAAGAACUAUCAAGAAAAGUAUCAAUCAUACAGCAAGACCAGAACAUGGUGGAUGGAACAGCUAAUAGAAUAUCCCACAGAGAAGGAAAUGAAGCUUCAAAGAUAUAUACAAUCUUUACAUCAAGAGCUACAAGUGGCUCAUCAGAGCAAAGUAUCACUACAGGAGGCACUGGUUGAGGCCAAUAAACAAGUUAAAGGUAAUGAUAGUAAUGAUAUUAUGGGCAGUGUAUUAGAAGAGAUGAGACAAGAACAGGAAAAGUUGAUUGAAGAGAAACAGAUUAUUACUGAAGAUUAUGAGAAACUGAAACUCAAAGUAGCUGAUAUGGAGGAAGAAUAUCUCAAGGAAAAACAGAUCAUUAUUGACGGCAAUCAAAAUCUUAAAACUGACAUUUCAGAGAAAGACAAAGUUAUAGCCAAAUUGACAUCUCAAGCAGAGGAACAAUCACAGAAUGAGAAACAGAUCAUUACUGACCUUAGAGCUAAAGUGUCUGAUAAUGAAUUGUAUACAACCAAACUAAUGAAGGAGAAGUCACAACUACAGGAGAGAGUCACAUCUUUAGAGGAACAAUCUAUCAAAGAGACUAGUUCCAUUGGACUACAAUUUAAUUACCCGAUCCCUUCAAUGGAUAAAUUGGAUUUUCUAAGUGAUGUCCAGGUAGCAGAGAGGAAGCAGUUCUUAAUUCAAGGAGACAAACCUCAAAAAAUAAAUUGGAAAAAAUUCGGUCUAAGGAUUAGAGUACAAAAGAAGAGCUUACUGUCCUCUGAGACAGUAGAAGCAGCAGUGGUUGCUCUUGUAGGAGGAGAGUUCCAGUUUCCCCCUAAUACUGUCCUAGUGAGUGCUGUGUAUGCAGUAUCACUCUCAAAGCCUCUCCUCAAACGGCUCAUAUUAGAAAUACAGCACUGCGUUGAUUUAACAAGACAAACAGGUCUUAGUCAUCAUCUUAAGUUUGCCAUAGCUCCCGUGAGCACACCCAGUCUUCCUUACCAAUUCUCAAUAGUCAAGGGAGGAGAGUUUAAACCUGAUAGUUGGUAUGGAUCCAUUCAACGUAAAGAGUUCUGUUUGGUAGCUAUUGUUGGGGAGAAACGUCUACCCAAAUCAUCAACUAUUGGAGAUGAGUCAGAGGAGGAGGAGGAGGAACAAGCAGAAGAGGAAACUGAGGAGGAAGUAGAAGAUGGUAAUAGUGAUUCAUCCAGUGAUAAUGGUAAGACUAAAGGUCCACCAGGAGGUAGCAGUGGAGGUCAAGGAGAGUCUACUAGUAAUGAGGGAGUAGAGGAAGAGGGGGAGACUGGAGGUGAGCCAUUACAUGAGGAAGGAAAUGAAGAGCAAGAUAAUGAAAGAGUAGAAGAGUCAAAGGAUCAUAAAGAACCACAGCAUGAAGAAGCAACUGCUCCAAUACCUUGUACUGAGAUUAGUUCAAAUUUUAAUGGUGAAAUGGUGGUUUCCACUGGUGUAGUAGAGAAUAUGACAUACGCUGGACAGGUUUAUUAUGAGGAGAAAAGAACUAAAGAAUUGGUGACCUUCACUGCAGCUAAGAAAUUGAGUGCACUCAUUGAGUUCAUUGAGAAGAAACAUCUACAAGCUAAAAUUGAUCAACAUAUUUAUUUUUCAUUCAAUUCUUCCUAUUCAUAUAUUGAAUUGAAGUUUGAUGCACCUCAAGAUGAGCCAUUCACUGGUUGGAGCAUUAAGCCUCACCUUAAGCCUUGUAGAUUGCGUCGUUGUGAUAUUGAUAAUUUUGGUGAUGCUAAUUAUCCUGUUCCUCCAUCUUGUUUGAUAUCAAUAUAUGGAUCACCUGGUGCUGUACCAUCACUGCAUUACUCUGUACCACUAGUGGGUGUUGUUGACCCAGUUACAUUGCUCAUUCAUUGUUCAUUGAGAACUGCUCCUCCUCGUCCUUCAAUAAAUCCUAAUAGCUCUACAGCCUCUAAUGAAUCUGCAGUAUUAUCCACUGGAGGAGCUAGUCCAUUAGAUACUGUUGAUGUCAAUAAAUUAAAGAAAGUAAUCAAUGAUGUUCUUGUAUCUCAUUAUGCUGCACUUACUUCUUUACCUAAGAAAGCUCAUUCUGAACUUGCUAAUCAGCUUUACACAGUCCAUAUGAUCAAUACUGCAGUGAGACAAGCUCCUUCAAUGGAAGAGUGCAUUGAUGAGUUCAAGGCUAGUCUUAGUUUCAAGAGGAAGUUACCUCAAGUGCAGGAGCACUGUCAAAAGUUCUUAGACUCAUUCAUUGCUGUAAGAGGCAGCUAUGCUCAUGCAGCAAUAGCUUUAGGUGAGGACUGGAUUAGAGCUAUUAAGAAUGAACUGGGAUUUGAUUUUAUUAUUGAUGUUGAUGCAUAAUUUCGGUAUUUAUGAAUUAUUGCUUCAUUAGUUUCACAUGUCUUAUUUUGAAAUUAUAAGUAUCAUACU